AUGUCGGAGUCCAGCGAUAUUCCAACCGGUACUUACUCCUUAAGUCUCGGGAAGUCAUUCGACGCGAAAGGAAGGAAAAAUGACCCAAAAGCUGCACAAUUUCAUACAUUGCGAUACGAUUUCAAACCGAGUUCUGUAUCCAACAAUGCGGACACCUUCAUUGCUUUCGGAAAUAAUAGUGGAGAUGUUCACGUGUCGGUGCCGAGUGAGGGAGACAAUAUGACUGUAUAUAAAGGAUCGAAGAAAGAUGCAAAACCCAAGGAGUGUUUGUUGUUUUUCGACAAAAAAACGGGCACUGUCCGAUUAGAGAAAAUAACAAGUAAUAUAAAUGUUAAAAAGACAAGAGAUUUGGAUCCUGGAACCGAACUUUCACUUAAACGAGGGAUUGAACGAUUACGUACGUCGUCUUCCAACCAACAUCGUUCGGCAUCAUCUACGCCUGAAGAGAGACCAAAGAGUCAACAUUUCCCAGAAACUGCACCACCGACACGAAAGGCGGAAACGUCAGAUUCUGAGAGUGAUUCCGAAGCUUCUUCUGAUUCGGACAAAUCUGCUGUCGACUCCAGCGAUGACGACGAGAACGCACUUCUUGCACAGAUGAAACAACCCGAAGUGACCGUCCCGUCCUCUUCAUCGGCGCCUUCCUAUCAUCAAGAAAGCCACGUGGCCUAUAAUCAAUUUGGUUCAUCCAAACACUCAUCAAGUCAUAAUAAGAAUAAAGUAGACUCCGAGAAAUACGGAUUGGCAUUGAGUGAAAGUUCCGAUGAAGACGAUUAA